AGGUUUGGUGAAGCUGUGGAGCUCCUUGACUCUUGUGGGUUCCUACCAGAAGCAGAGGUGUGCCUUCAGGGUGCUGCAGGUGUCUCCGUUCCUGCUGGCACUGACAGCAAACCAAGAGCUGCAGUUGGACUAAGGCCGGAGAAGCGUCCUCCUUCAGGAUGAGGCCCAUGUGGGGUCAAGUCAGAACUUUUCUGUCCUCCUCCAUAUUUACCGGAGCCCCUCAUCGCUGCUGCCAGCUCCACAUUGGCCAGCGAGCCUCCCUCACUAAAGUCUUCUCCCCCCGCCAUGUGGAACUUUUUGCCGAGCUGACCGGUGACACCAACCCCCUACACGUGGACCCAGUCUACGCCGCCACCACUUCCUUUGAGAGACCCAUCGUCCACGGCGUCCUCAUUAACGGGUUGAUUUCUGCUGUACUGGGCACCAAGAUGCCAGGCCGCGGCUGCAUCUUCCUUUACCAGGAGAUCCGAUUCCCGGCACCGCUCUACAUCGGUGAGGAGGUGCUGGCUGAAGCUGAAGUUAGCAAGAUUAAAAUGUCCUUUGCUUUCAUUGCCGUAAAGUGUGCAGUCAAAGACAAGGUGGUGAUGGAGGGAGAAGUGAUGGUGAUGAUGCCUGAGGAGCGGCAGAGGGACAAAUAAAGGACGGGAGGAAGGUCAGAGGUUAUCAAAAACAGGAAGACAGUGUCCAGCUCCAUGCUCCGCAAGUGGAUUUCUGGCAUUUUUUUCUCAUUUGUUCUUGUUACUGAUUUUUUUUGUUGAUUAAUGGUAAUAUACUUAAAUCUCUACAUCAGUUUUAACAGAAUAGCAAGGAUGUUUUUUGUUUUUCUGACAUGCUUUGGAGUUUUCUUGCCUCAUAUUAAAAACAGAAUAGUUGAAUAUUCUCCUGAACAGAAGUGAGUGUGAAUGGUUGUUUGUCUGUAUGUGCUAUAUGAUGUAUUGGUACUUAGUCCUGCGUGUGGGAUAGGCUCCAGCUCAUUAGUAACCCUAAUAAGGAGGAUGCGUGCUGGAGAAAACAUGGAUGGAUUGACUUUUAUGUAGUAUUUUAUACAACAUUUUUAUUUAGUGACUAGAAUUUACCAAUUAAAAUUCUAUAUGGGCCGAGUGGUUAGCGUGCAGGUCACACAGCUAGGAGAACCGAAUUCGAUUCCACCCUCGGCCAUCUCUGUGUGGAGUUUGCAUGUUCUCCCCGUGCAUGCAUGUGUUUUCUCCGGGUACUCCGGUUUCCUCCCACAUUCCAAAAACAUGCUA